AUGACCACAAACAUCGCUGAGUUGCUCAACUCAAUUUUGAUGGAUGAACGGGAGUACCCCAUGUCCUACAUAUUCAAUUCAAUUGCUAAAAAUUUUGGUAAAAUGUUUAGGGAGCGGCAUGCAUUUGUCGGUAGUAAAGAGAACAUAUUUGUUCCUUUUGCGGAAAGAAUCCUAAGGGAUAAUAAGAGUGCGAGCAAUUCCUUGUAUGUGGGUAAUCCAAACGGGGUUCUAAACGAGUAUACGGUGUUCGACAAUGGCGUUACUGCCAAGGUCAAUCUCUUGGAGAGAAGCUGUUCUUGUCGAAAAUUUGACUUGGUGAAAAUGUCAUGCGAACAUGCGAUGGCAGCUUUGCGAGCAAAGUAUGGCGAUAGCGAAGAUUAUGCAAUUAAUGUGGUCCCUCCGGAGGCUGAAUGGACUGUGCCACAGGAAUUGGUAGACACCAAAAUUUCUCCACCUUCGUACGAUCCCAAACUCGAAAAGAAGAAAGUCAAACGCACUAAGGGCGUCGGUGAUACAUUCAAGUCCAAAAGGAGGAAUAGAUGUUCAAAUUGCAAGAAAUCUAGACACAAAAGAACCACGUGUGGAAUGGGCAUCAAAUCAUAA